ACGUUUGACCAAUUAGGGGAGACCCGGAAGCAUGUCUUUUUGUCAGGUUUGACAUGGGCGCCUAGAAGUCUGCCUCCACAACGUAUGUUUUAUUCGACCAUUUCCAUAGCUAUAGCCCUGAAAUGGACGGUAUGCUGAGUGCAAUGGAUAACAUGUCUCCAAGGAAAAGAAGAAGAGAUGACGGUUCCGGGGUCUUAAGUGGCAAGCAGCCUAAAACGGGUUCAAGUUCAGAGUCGUGCCUGGAUGAACCCGUUGACCUACGAAGUGUGCAGCAUGAAAUCAUUAAAUAUGGUUCCUCAACUUUGCCAGCGAAACACUACGACCCUGACACCACCGAGCCGCUCAGCUCCGCACUACGGAACCUGGAAGAGCUGCUGGCAUGGAAGCUGAGGGACGCAAACCCUUUCAAUGUAGCAUCUGUCCCGCGCGCGAGCAGACAACCACUCUACGCGAGCAACCAGCCACGUACGCUGGUGUGUCACGACAUGAUGGGAGGCUACCUGGAGGACAGGUUUAUUCAAGGUACGGAAGUGGAGACACCGUAUGCCUUCUAUCACUGGAGCCUUAUUGACAUCUUCAACUACUUCAGUCAUCAAAUGGUGACCAUACCCCCUGCCUGCUGGACCAAUGCCGCACACAAGCAUGGAGUUCUCUCUCUUGGGACCUUCAUCACUGAGUGGACUGAUGGUGCUCAGAUGUGUGAGGCGUUUCUGGCAGGAGAGGAGGCAUACCGGGCGGUGGCCGACAAACUAGUGCAAAUCUCACACUACUAUGGCUUCGACGGCUGGCUGGUCAACAUAGAAAAUGUCCUAAGUGCAACCGCAGUGAAGAACAUGGUUCUGUUCAUGCGCUACCUCACUGACCAGAUGCAUGAGCGGGUUGCAGGCAGUGUGGUGAUCUGGUAUGACAGUGUGCUAAAGGAUGGCUCUCUCAAGUGGCAGAACGAGCUCAAUAACGACAACAGUGUGUUUCUUGAGGCAUGCGAUGGGUUUUUCACAAACUACAACUGGACAGAGCAGAGUCUGGAGCACAUGAAGGCCCUGUCCGCUGCUCAGGAGCGCCAGGUGGACAUCUUUGUUGGGGUGGAUGUGUUUGCACGAAGCGACGUGGUGGGAGGCAAGUUUGAGACCAAUAAGGCUCUGAGUCUUCUUCGCAAAUAUGGCUUCUCUACUGCCAUCUUCGCCCCUGGAUGGGUAUAUGAGUGCCACGAUAAAGCAGAGUUCCGCAACAACCAGGACAAGUUCUGGGGUUUGCUCGCUGAUCAUCUGUACGUCCACCGGCCCUCCGCCCUGCUGCCGUUCGUCUCAUCCUUCUGCCAGGGCUUUGGGAAGAGUUUCUAUAGGAACGGGCAGGUAGAGUUCCAGAGGAGCUGGUUUAAUCUGAGUGCCCAGGAGCUGCAGCCCUUCUACUACAAGGAGCAGCUGGAGGGCGAGGGCUGGCUGAGGACCCGAGGCUGCCCUGAAGAUGCCUGGAGUGGAGGCAGCUCGCUGUUAAUAGAGGGCAUGAUUCCAACAGGCCAGUCUAAAAUCUGUGCAAGGAUAUUUUCUCUGCACGUUCCCCUGGCCACCAGGACGUUUGUGUCAUUUGUGUACCGGCCGUCUGAGGGUGUGUCCGUCUCCUUGGAGCUGAAGAUGGCAGACGCCGCACUCUGUUCACACACCAACACAGAGGACAUAACAGCCAGUAGUGUGGUACCUGUUGCCCUGCGUGAAGACCAUGACCUGGUGAAGCAGUUCACUCAGAGCUGUGGGGUGUGGAGGCCUGAUGGGUGGACUAAACGGUGUUUCCAGUUAGAGCUGAGUGGCUGUGCGCUGAGGGACAUCUGUGUUAACGUCACACGUGACGAGCCAGCACAGGACACGCCUUUUCACUGCAGAGUGGGAGAGAUUAUGGUGCUGGACGCCGAGAGUCUCCUCGUGUCCCCACUCUCCAUGCAGAACAUCUGCAUCUCUGACGCGGUGUGGCAGCGAGGCAUGGGCCAUGCCAGUGACUCCACCAAAGAGACGGCGAAGCUGCACCUCAACGCCACGCUGCAGUGGAACUACCCGAGCCAGCUGGCGCGCUGCUUCCUCAUCCACUGGCGCCGGCUCCGCGGCCCCGACCCCCGGGUGCCCGCCGGGCCGCUGGCGCUGCUGGGCCGCUCCUACUCCGGCCUGUACCGCGUGGUGGACCUGGUGGUGCCGGACUCCCCCGCGCUCAUCGAGCUGGUGGUGGAGCCCGUGACCAGAGAGGGCUUCAGCGUGCCGGAGUCCCACUGGGGGAGACGCUCCCUCAGCUACACCGAAGGAGUGAACGCAGGGCAGAAAUGAAGGGACAUAGCUGAGAAAACACACGCGAGCGCACGCACACACACACACACACACACACACACACACACACUCACACCUUUUAUUUUGAUUCUUAUCUAUCUUCCUUGCAUAUGUACACAUACAAACACUUUACAUUAUUCUUAUCCAUCUCCUAUUAUUGUUACACACACACACACACACAUCUGUACACAGCUACAUAAAAACUAUUUUGUCUUAAACACACACACACCUUGUUUCUUGGUCAUACUUAGACAUACAAGGUGAUGUAAACCAAUACGUAGUCGUAAUGACACGGACACACAUUCCAACUAACACACACACACACUAACACUUGAUUUCACACAGACAAACAUACAUAAAUACAUGCGCCACCUUACACACUCGUGCAUACUGUUCAGCUGUCCACAUGUCUGAUUCGUUUGAUAAAGAGCACUUGCUGUAUGAAAACCCUCUGGGUGAUAUUGGUUUGCAUCACUUUUUAACUAAUACACUGAACCGUUCAGUGGCAUAAUUUCAUGCUUAACCGUCUGACGCUGAAGCUCGUUGUGGUUCCCCAGGGAAGCCUGGGCUCAAGAUCACAUUUCAGUCAGAAAUGUUUAAUUACUGUUGGUGACUUGCCAAUUAAAGGGUCAUGUAGAGGUCAUGGCUGCUGAUUUACUCUAAUCGUGAACUGCAGAGGGUUACUGUGACUAAUCAUGCUUUUGAGAUCUACCUUAGGAAUAAUAUGCACUAUGACGACAAUGCAAUGUGUGCACACAUUCACAGUAGUCCUCCAGUCCUCCUCUUCUUGUCUGAAGGAGAAACACGGUGCAUCCAUUAUCAGGAACCAGGAAUGCCCGCCCUUUUGGCCUUUCCUUCGGUGUCAGUUUUGUCAAGUGUACGUUUAAAAACGUACCUUAACAGUUCCGAGACAGAUUUAUAUUUUUAAAGCAGUGCCACGUACCAUGCAUGGAAGAAUCCUCACCCUGUCUUGGAUAUAUUAACCUGGCUCUGUCCACCUACUGCUCCCAGCUCAGUUUUGGCUCUCAUUACUUACAAAGUGAAUGUGGGUCUGGUUACACCAGGGUACUGCUAUAUCUGCUUGAAGAGAAAUUUGUAAUAUGCUGUUUUUACAAUAAAAAUAAUGUAACCCACA